CGUAAUAUUUAAAACACAGCAAAGUUCAACGUUUAUAGGUCACUCGGUAUAAAACAAACAAAUUAACAGGAUAUUUUGUUAUUUGGUUUUGAUAAAGUGAAUGACCAACAUGAAUAAACAAGUGGAUGCGUCCUAUCAUUGUGGAAUUUUGUUGAUAUUUUGUGUGUUUAUUGCACAAACAUCUUCAAAAUUAUUGAAACAAAAUACAACAAUGGAUUUGUAUGAGGAUUAUUCAUUUACCGGUAUACAGGAAAGCUGUUUUCUCGAACCUGUCGAAUCAGGCAUUGCUAACAAAGUGGAUAAAAUGGCUUUGGACGGUGCAAAAGUUAUAUAUAUUUACUUCAAAUUUCAGAACUUCACUGGACCUUUAUAUGAAGAACAACGAAGCUCUUUUUACAGACCAUUAUCCUGGGUUUGGACCGUGGGCAGACACGGAAGAAGUCUUCUUUUACUUCGCCCGCAAUACGAGGUAUUUUCUUUGACGUCCCUUAGUCUUGGAACGGAAAGAAUUGAAGUUUUUGUGAAACAAACACCGAUGAACUGUCUGACAAAGUAUAAUGCCACUGUCGUAUCUGAUGCACUUGGAGAAUUCUUAUUACACAAAUUUAAGACACCGAGUACUAACGCUUCGGCAACAAUGGAGACUUUAAAGGAAACGGAACAUGUUUGUAAUCUAAAUAUUGCACCACACAAUGGUAAGGCGAUAUUUUAUUAUGUUUGCUGCCAUAAAACCUUAAGUGGCCAGACUGAAUGUCAACAAUUAAAAUCAGACAAAUAUCUUACUAUUUUAUUUGUGUGCAUAUUUCUGAUGAACUUUUUUGCCGUCAUGUUCAGUCCAUUGGUAAUACCUUCUAAAUUCUACAAAAAGAAAUUUGAAACAACGUCAUAUGAACACAAACUUAAUGAGCCAGUAACAUUGACAGUGCGGAAGUCGUCUACAAAGUCGAAAGAACAGUACAAUUUUCCUAGUUCUUAUUUCGAACAAAUGACCGAGUUCAAGAAGACUAUUGAAAGUAUAAAUACUGAUGUUACAUACAUGGUAACUGUCAGAAAAAUUGACAUUGUUACUGAAAUGGCCCGACUUCUUCCUUCAAAUCGUGUACCCGUAGGGUUAUUCGAAUCUUUACAUGCAGCUUUGGUUAAUUGUGAAAUUCGAAAGAAGCCUUCGAUGAAGGAUUGUUGUGAAAGUAAUGUGUUUGGACCAUGCAGACCAUGCAAUCGUGUUUUUCCUUGGUAUAAGAUACUAAGAACACUGAUGCAGCUUCUAAUGUAUAUACUGAUUGGAAAGGUUUGGAUUCUUCGUUUACAUUUCUUUUUUGAAUACGAAGAAUCCGAACGUUUGCAGAGAGAAGAUGCAGCAUCUCAGCGCAAUUUAGAUCUGACUUAUACUGGUAAUCUUACGUGGUACCUCACUCCAGUUCAUAUGACUUUCAUUGUCUGCUACUGUAUUUUUGUUGUGGAUGUACUUCUUUUUGGAAUAAUUAGUGGACAGGUCAAACGGACCCUGCAGAGAGUCAUGCGCAAAUGCCUCCGAGAUAUGCGUGAAAUAUCUAAAAGAAGUGCUAUUGGAUGGUCAGUACAAAUUUUACUUCAGCCAUUUAAGCAUUGUGGUAUUUUUGGAAUCUUAUUUGCCUGGAUUUACUAUAUUCCAGCUAUCCCGAUAGUUAUGGUAACGGUUGCAUUUUAUUGUUUUCCAACAAUAAACGUCCUUGUGAGACUGAUCAUUUACUUUGUGGCAUAUUUUCUGCCUUAUGGACGUAAUUGCCUUACGGAAAGAUGUUGUCUUAAAUUAAAACAACUUUGGCGUUAUAUACACAAAGUUUUUCGAAUGGAUAUUUUAACUAGUCAGGAAUCAAUCGAACGUCCUGAGAAACUAUCCGUUAAAAACAAAAUUUUACAGUUGAUUGUAAUUUUUGCAUGUUUGUUGACAAUUUCAUCUUUUGUACUUCUGGCUAUGGAAUGCAUCGUGUUCUUAGUUGAAAUUGUAAUGUACACACUUAUUGGAGUAAUAAUAAACUCUGCACACACCUUGAAGUAUCUAUCUUUAGUAUUCCUUCUUGGAUUUUAUGCGCGUGACUGUUUUACUACCGUCACAGUAGAGUAUUUAGCAUUUAACAAAUUCUUAAACGGAUAUCUUGUGGAUAAAAUGAGAGAAAAGGUAGAGAAUAUAAGUAUGCGAGGUCACGAAGAUCAAAGGAAUACGGCCUUCCAAGCCAGUCUGAAUGAUGCAGAAGGUAGAGACGAUCAGCCAGUACACCUGACAGUUACAAAUGACAAACUUAAAUGGCAAAUUAAUCGGUUGGUUUUAUUUCUGGAUAAAAACGACACACCUUACAUAACAUCCAAGUUUUUCUUUGAUACAUGCUAUUUGGAUCAAGCAGGAGUUCCGGGGCCUUUGGUAGCUAGCCUUCUUCGCGCAAUGCAACGCUUUAUUAUCAUAUGUGUUUUCCUUUUCUUCGUUGUCAUCGUUAUUUUAGCAUUUGGAGAUGAAUAUGGAAUAUCAGCAACCAAUCAAAUGUUUGCUACCUUAGCCGGUGGAUUCUUACCUUAUAUCCUGAGAUGGGUUUUGUUCAAGCAACCAGAACCCGUCACUGUAGAUCCCAAUAAUCUUAGUUUUAAAAGUAAAUUUCAACGAAAAAUUGAAGAAUAUCAACAGAACUGGGAAGUUUCUGAUAUAAGAAUUGAUAGUAACCCAACGAAGUUAGUUCCAACGAAAGUUGUGGAUGACAAUGGUGUUAAAACUGUUGAAGAUUCAACGGAGGAUGAAAUUAAGUCAAAAGACAAAGAUAUCAUGCUGGAGGAAAUUAAGCCAGUCAUAAAGAGUGAUUGUACUGACAAAGUAGAUAUUCUGAUUUAUGACGAACUUGUAGUACAUGUAUAAACAUUUUAAAUACUAGUAAUGUGCACAAAUGUAGCAUGUUAUGUGCUGUAUCCAAAAAAUAAUAACGUUAAUUUUUUUUAAUUUUACGAUCUUAUAUAAAUUUCUCGUAUGGAA